GACAUCAUCGCCCUUUUUUCCCCUUCCGCAACGACCUCACAACCAGCCAUGGUAAUUCUCGAAGACAUACCACGGCCCGAGAAUGGGUUCUACGUGCUCAUCACCGGUGCAAACAGUGGCCUAGGCCUUGCAAUCGGCUACCGUCUCAUCGACGAAUUCCUACACACACGCCCUCAAUCGCAAUCGCUCGUGCUGAUAACGACGACGCGCGAUAAGCGCAAGGGCGACGCGACGGUCGAGAAAUUCCAAUCGCACCUUAAGAAGGCAUGUCGCAGGCUCGAGAAAGGCGUGCCGGGCAUCUCGAUGCUGCUCAUGCGACGCGUGCACUUCCGCCCAGAGAUCCUCGACCUCACAAGCCUGAUUUCGGUGCAAAAACUCUCAAAGAGACUCCGCGAUACCACGCCGAAGCUCGAUAGCGUCAUCUUCAAUGCGGGCAUCGGCGGCUGGGAGGACCUGUACUGGGGUACGGCCGUGUGGACGAUCCUCACGGACUGGAAGAACGCAGUUACAUACCCCGUGUUCAAGAAGUCUGGUACGGGAUGGGUCACGAAGCCCCAGAUUCCCGUCACCAAGGACGGAGUCAAGGUGGAGGAGCCGCGGCUCGGAGAGGUAUUCUGCGCCAACUUUUUCGGCCACUACAUGCUGGGACACUACCUCGCGCCGCUACUCGCGAGACACAGCAAGGACGAGCAGACCCGCGGCAGGCUGAUCUGGGUCAGCAGCCUCGAGUCGUACAAGCACACGUUCGACGUCGAGGAAAUGCAAAGCCUAUCUACGACGCACCCGUACGAAUCGACGAAGCGACAGACGGACCUGAUGGCCAUCACGUCGGCGCUGCCCUCGUCGUCCGAUGUCGUCGACGAGUACCUCGGGCACGCGGAGGACACACCACAGACGAGUAAGCCCAGGAUCUACGUGACGCACCCGGGUAUCUGCGGCACCUCCAUCUUCCCUCUCAACUUUCUGCUCGAGUACUGCAUGCUGGCGGUGUUCUACGUCGCGCGGUGGGCGGGCAGCCCGUGGCACAACAUCGACCCGAUCAAGGGCGCCGUGUCGAUGGUGUGGCUGGCGCUUGCGAGCCAGAGUACGCUCGACAACAUGGAGGCCCAGGAAGGCAUUGCGAAAUGGGGCAGCGCGACGGACAUGUGGGGGAGCGAGCGUGUGGAGAGGACGGAGGUAGACGGGUGGGGAUGGGGAGGGACGAUCGACGAGAGGAACAAGAAGAGGAAGGGGAGGAGCCCGUACGCAAAAGACCUGACUGAGGAGGAUAGGAAGGCGUUCGAGGAGGAGGGUAGGGAGGCCUGGGUGCAGACGGAGCGGUUGAGGAGGGAGUGGGAGAAGAGACUCGAGGACGCGGGUGUAGCGGUUCAGAUGGACUGAUUGAAUGGAAGGAAGGAUGGCUGAGUGUACACGACGUGAGCGUCCUCUGCGUAGACUGAUGUUCCGACCACUUAGAUCACCCAAAAAAUACCUAGAUAUAUAGAUCACACGUACGGAAGACAUAAUACCUUAAUACAUUC